AUGCGACGAAAAAUGAAGUACAACGUGGCCAUUCGGUUUAACCGCGUGUUUAAUAUCAUCUUCAUCCACAUAAUCAUAGUGCAGUGUACAUUCGGCUUGCAGCAAGCGGCACUGGACAAGGAGAAACAUGUGAAAUCGUCCGAAAUCCAGGCGGUGGAGGGUCGCAAAAUCUCACUGCCCUGUCCGCUGUCGGCACCGUCCAGGGAUAAGGUUUACAUGGUCCUGUGGUUCAAGGAUGACGCCGGUAUCCCAUUGUACAGCUUCGACGUACGGGGGAAACCGCUACAGCAGGCGCGACACUGGUCAGCGCCAGAAAUCUUCGGUCCGCGGGCCCACUUCAACACCGACACCGACCCAGCGACGCUCGAUAUUCAGGACGUCCGCCGCCAUGACGAGGGUGUCUACCGCUGUCGGGUUGACUUUCGCACCAGUCAAACGCAGAGCUUUCGAUACAAUCUAAGCAUCAUCAUACUACCCGAACAUCCUGUAGUGCUUAGCCAGUGGGGCCAACAGCUCAACAGUUCGAAGCUCGGUCCGAAAGAGGAAGGUGACGACAUCGUUCUCACUUGCCGCGUUGUAGGAGGCCGUCCACAACCGUCGGUUAAGUGGCUCAUCAACGGUAUCCUGGUGGACGAACAGUAUGAACACAAUUCCGGUGACGUCAUCGAAAAUCGGUUGCUGUGGCCCGCGAUUCAGCGAUCGGAUCUGAACUCCAUCUUCACCUGCCAGGCCACGAACACGCUGCUCGUGGAGCCGAAAGAAAGCAGCUUUGUGCUGGAUUUACAUCUGAAACCAUUGAGUGUGAAGAUAAUGAACCCACAGACGCCAUUAGUGGCCGAUCGGCGAUAUGAAAUCUGCUGCGAGAGCGUCGGGUCGAGGCCGAAUGCGAUUAUAACCUGGUACAAGGGAAAGCGACAAUUACGCCGUGCGAAGGAGGAAAUUCUGAACAACACGACCCGCUCGGAGCUGAGCUUCGUCCCGACGACCGACGACGAUGGCAAGCUGAUAACGUGCCGUGCCGAGAACCCGAACGUUACCGGGCUGUUCCUGGAAACAUCCUGGAAGAUUGAAGUUGUCUACCCACCGAUCGUGUCGCUGAGGCUCGGAUCCACACUAUCGGCGGACGACAUCAAGGAAGGGGACGACGUUUACUUCGAGUGCCACGUGCAGGCGAACCCACCGUGGCGGAAGUUACACUGGCUUCACGAUGGCAUCAUGAUCACGCACAACGCUUCCGCCCGGGUAAUCAGGUCCAAUCAGAGUCUGGUGCUGCAGAAGGUCACACGCAACACGUCCGGAAAUUACUCGUGCAGCGCCAUCAACGCGGAAGGUGAAACCGUCAGCAACCAGCUCGCGUUACGGGUCAAAUAUACCCCGGUCUGUGCCACCGAUCGGAUCAUCAUCGUCGGGGCCUUCCGCAGCGAAGCGCUGCAAAUCCCGUGCGAAGUGCAGGCGGACCCGCCGCCUCGGCUCUUCAACUGGAAGUUCAACAACUCCGGCGAGACGCUCAAGAUCGGCAAAGAGCGCUACAUCAAGAACGGGUCCGUCAGCGUGCUCCACUACACGCCGGUCAGCGAUCAGGACUACGGGACGCUCGCCUGCUGGGGCCAGAACGAGGUCGGGACGCAGGACUUCCCGUGCUUCUUCCAGGUUGUACUGGCCGGACUUCCGUCGGCGGUGAAAAACUGCUCCAUAAACAACCAAACGCAGCACUCGGUGGAGGUGCAGUGUCUGGCUGGCUACGACGGGGGCUUGCCGCAAAUCUUCACGCUGGAAGUGAUUUCCACGCGCAGCGGACGGGUGCGGUACAACGUCACCAACCCGGACGAGCCGUACUUUCUGGUGGAGUCACUGGAAAACCUGCUUCAUUACGGUGGCGCCUACGAUGACAUCAGCGACGACAACACGCUGAAGGCCGUCAUCUUCGCCGUCAAUCAGAAGGGCCGCAGCCAGGGCAUCGUCGUGAAGGACUUUUACCUCGAGAGCAGCGUCGAGAACCGGGCAGUGCUAACGAGCAGCUCGCUCGACAGCAUCUCGCCGAUCCUGUUCGGUGUCCUGUUGACGCUGCUGGUCCUCUGCUUUGUCAUCUUCGUCCGGGUGUACUACAUCAAAGCGACCGCCACCUCCACCACCACCACCAUCACCAACGUCGGUAAUGACUUAGUUAGUAAUUCAAAGCAAGCCAACAGCAAACAGGACACCCUCGCCAAGAAAUCGGCCAAACAGAGCCCCCGGUGGCAGCAGGGAAACAGUGGUGCCGGCGGCGGCUACGGUGGUGCCGGGGCGGGUCUGAUCGUGGACGGACGAUCGAGGGACGAGAAGCUGGGCGCCCCGGACGGGAUGGAGGACGAGCGAGACCCGGACGUGAUACCGGCACAGUUCGUUUCGAACGACACAGAAAGUGCGAGCUUCAACUCGUCCAAGUGGCCGAACGGGAACUACUACGACCGGUACCCGAACCACGACAUACGGCCCUCGGAGCUGCUGAUACCGUCCGCGGGCGCCACGCUCGCCUCGGCGAAUCAAUUACACCCGAAUGUAAAUCAAUCGGAUGAUAGUAUUAAAUUAGGUUCCUACUACACCGUCAGCGGAACGGGUGGAAGUGCUGCGAUGGCCGUCCCACCGCAGACCGUCCCUCUGGGGGCCUCCUACAUGGGCCCAACGCACCCGCUGGACGGCGGUGGUCUCGACGGCGUACUGUACAGUGGGACCGGCGGGGCACCGCCCUGCGCUGGCACCGCGGCACCGUCGCUGGCCGGGGGAGGUGGCCAUCAUCAAUCAAGCCUUCUGCCCAACGGUGGCACGGGCACCGGAGUUAAUCCGAACGAUUAUGACAUCAAUGUACAUACCAUCAAAAAUAUGCUAAUGACGACCCGCGUCCCCGAGAGCUGCGUUUAG